AUGUCGGCCAUCGCUGAGAAUCCCUCUGCGGCGCCCGCUGCCGCGCCCGCGCAGACCGCGAGCACUCCCCAGCAGCAGCCGCAGCAGCCCGUCGCCCAGGCACAGACGCCUGUCCAGCAGCAGGCGCCCGCAACGCCCACCACCGCCGGCGGCGGCGACUCGCUCACCUGCCAGUGGCAGAACUGCGGCGAGCGCCUGAGCACCGCGGAGCUCCUCUACGACCACGUCUGCGAGCGUCACGUUGGUCGCAAGAGCACCAACAAUCUCAACUUGACUUGUCAGUGGGGCAACUGCCGCACCACGACCGUCAAGCGUGACCACAUCACCUCGCACAUCCGCGUCCACGUCCCGCUGAAGCCGCACAAGUGCGACUUCUGCGGCAAGGCCUUCAAGCGCCCGCAGGAUCUCAAGAAGCACGUGAAGACGCACGCCGACGACUCAGUCCUUCUGCGCUCGCCCGAACCCAACCGCGGCAACCCUCACGGAAGUGCCGGAGGCGGCUAUCCCGGCCAGGCUGGAAAGCAUGUCGCUGACUUGCAGGCGCUUGCUGGAGCAGCGAGCGGCUUCUACCAGGAUGGCAUGGGUGCCAACUCUGCUUAUGGCCACCCCGGUGCCGCUGCUGGCGGUGCCUUCUAUGGCGGCUCGCAGACCAACUCGGCCUAUGGCCCCGUCUACUAUGCCGUCAACCACCAGACCCUGCAGAGCGACUACGAGGUCCGUAAGAAGGCCACUUUCGACGCCCUGAAUGAGUUUUUCGGCAGCGUCAAGCGCCGCGAGAUCGACCCUACCACGUACUACGACGUUGGCCAGCGCCUCAUGGGCAUCCAGGGCCAGCUCCCGCUCCUGGCUGGCUACGGCGGUCCUGAGUACCAUGCUGCGCCUGCCAUGGUCUCUCCCACCGGUCACGGUCCAAGUCCGUCGCACCAGUACUCUCUCCCAAUGCCUAGCAUGCCUAACCUCAGGACUAAGAGCGACCUGAUCGACGUUGAUCAGGUGCUGGAGCAGCUCCAGUCGACCAUCUACGAGAACCCUAAGCAGGCUGCGGCCGCUGGCGUCGCGCAGCCGGGUGCUCACUACCUCCAUUCUGGCUUCAACUACCGCUCGAGCAACUCGCCACCGGGCACUCACGCUCAGCAGCCCCAGUCGUCCCACGCCACCACGCUUGCGCCCCUUUCUGCGCCGGCAACUGAGACUCCUGCCCUGACUCCGGCGUCGAGCGUCAUGUCGUACACGUCGGGCCAGUCCCCCGGCUCUGUUCACUCUGGUCAGACCAUCUCGCCCGUGUCGCGCCCUAACAUCUCGAUGUACCCGACUCUCCCCUCUGUCAGCGCCAUGUCAGACAUCGCAGGCAGCUAUCCGGCGACCAGCAACGCUCCUAACCUUGCUCCCUUCGACUCUGAUGGUCGCAGGAGGUGGUCGGGCAACCAGCUGCAGAAGUCCCGCCCGUCGCGCGACGAGGAUGCGAUGGACAUGUCGGACAACGACUCUACUCCUAGCGCGUCGCGCCGCAACUCGGUCGACCGCGAUGGUCUCCGCAAGGAUGUUCACAAGCUCGCCAUCCAGUCGCCUCCUCCGCUUGAUCCGUCGCUCCGCUCUCCUGGUGAGCACUCCGAGGCUGCCUCGGAGCACCAGUCUGAGCAGGGCGCUUCGGAGCAGGACAACGAGGCAUGGGUACAGAACAUGCGCAUGAUCGAGGAGCUGCGGGCAUUCAUCAAGGUGAAGCUCGAGCGCGGCGAGUACGAAGACGAGCACUCUGCGGAAGUCAAGCAAGAGGGCGCGGAAGAACGCGGCGGCUCUGCCAUGUCGGAGGAGGAGCGCAGUUUGUAUCCGGUCCUACGAGCUGUGCAAGACAGCGAGUAA